AUUGCAGCCUCUGCUCAGAGGUUUUACCCUGAGGAGCCCCUGGUAGGCUAUUACCUCUCUGCGACGGAGAUAUGAUCAUCCUAAUUUCCUUAUUUGCCUUGCUGUGGGAAGAGGCUGACGGAUGGGGAUAUAAGAAUGGCAUUUUCCAUAACUCCAUAUGGCUGGAACAAGCAGCAGGCGUGUACCACAGAGAAGCUCGGUCUGGCAAAUACAAGCUCACCUACGCAGAAGCAAAGGCAGUGUGUGAAUAUGAAGGCGGCCGUCUUGCCACUUACAAGCAGCUAGAGGCAGCCAGAAAAAUUGGAUUUCAUGUCUGUGCUGCUGGGUGGAUGGCCAAGGGCAGAGUUGGAUACCCCAUUGUGAAGCCAGGGGCCAACUGUGGAUUUGGAAAAACUGGUAUUAUUGAUUACGGAGUCCGUCUCAAUAGGAGUGAAAGAUGGGACGCUUAUUGCUACAACCCACAUGCAAAAGAAUGUGGUGGUAUCUUUACAGAUCCAAAGAGAAUUUUUAAAUCUCCAGGUUUCCCAAAUGAGUAUGAUGAUAACCAGAUUUGCUACUGGCACAUUAGACUCAAGUAUGGUCAGCGUAUUCACCUGAGUUUUUUGGACUUUGAUCUCGAAGAUGACCCAGCUUGCUUGGCUGACUAUGUUGAAAUAUAUGACAGUUAUGACGAUAUCCAUGGCUUUGUGGGAAGAUACUGUGGGAAUGAGCUUCCAGAAGACAUCACUAGUACAGGAAAUGUCAUGACCUUAAAGUUUCUAAGUGAUGCUUCAGUGACUGCGGGAGGUUUCCAGAUCAAAUAUGUUGCAGUGGAUACCCAAUCAAAAUCCGGUCAAGGGAAAAAUACAAGUACUGUUUCUACUGGAAAUAAAAACUUUUUAGCUGGAAGAUUUAGCCAUUUAUAA